ACGUUACUUAGCGUUGAGACUUCCGGUGUGCCAUAAUAAUACCGCUGCGCGUAUUUCAGGCGGUGGAGAGUGGACGCUGAUGGGGGACGAAAAGGAGACCUGGAAAGUUAAAACUCUUGACGAAAUCCUACAAGAAAAAAAACGCAGAAGAGAAUUAGAAGAGAAAACGGAUCCCAAGCACCAGAAAAAUUCCUCUCAGGGCCUUGUUCCACAGUCGGAUGAUCGGGAGACCAAACGAGAUACCCCGGAGGAAGGAGAACUACGGGAUCAAAAGAUGGAAAUAACAAUUCGUAAUUCCCCGUACACACGGGAGGACUCAACAGAAGACAGGGCCGAAGAAGAUGACUCAUUAGCAAUCAAGCCACCACAGCAAAUAGCAAGAAAAGACAAGUCUCACCACAGAAAGGAGGAGAAGAGAAAAGAGAAAAGACGUCACCGCAGUCACUCUGCUGAAGGAGGGAAACAUGUUCGACCCAAAGAGAAAGAAAAAGAGCGAGAAAGUGACCGCAGGAACCGUCAGUGGGAAGAAGACAAAGCCCGGAGAGACUGGGAGAGGCAGAAACGAAGGGAGCAGGCCAGAGCUCACUCGCGCAGAGAGAGUCAGACAGCCGUUUCCAACGAGGAACUGAAGCCGUUAUCUAAUCUCUCUUUAAUACCAUCAGACUCCAUUGACAAAAAACGACCCCGAUUGGAUUCUCCUGGGUUUUUUUUGGACCACAGGGACCGGCUGGAACAGCAGGAGCGCCAGCGCGAGCGAGACAGGAAGCUGCGCGAACAGCAGAAAGAGCAGCGGGAGCUGAAAGAGCGGGAGAGGAGGGCGGAAGAGCGGCGCAAAGAGCGAGGGGGGCGGCGAGAAGUGCCGUCCGCCCAUAGGCUGCUACCUGAAGAUUAUGAUGACAAGCCAAAACAAAGUCACCGCAGCCGAAGUCCACCCCGCGUUCCCCGGGACAGAUCGGAUCUCAGCGAACCCAGGAAGAGUGGAAUUUCCCCGACAUCAUCAUCAUCAUCAUCGUCUCAUACGCCUGCAGCCUCUAAGGAGGAGAAGCAGGAGGGCAAAGACCCACUGGCAGACCUCCAGGACAUCAGCGGCAGCGAGAGGAAGACCAGCUCAGGAGAGUCGUCCAUGGCAUCAGGAUCAGGCUCUGACGAAGAGGACGACAAUGACGAAGACGGGUCCAGCAGCCAGAGUGGGGGCGAAGAAGAGGAAGGAGAGUCUAUUUCAGGCUCAGGAAGGUCUGAGCACAGCGCAGAGGACGUGAGUGAGGAUGAGCAGUCAGGGGAGGAAUUUGAAGAUGAGAGGGAAAAUGGGAAUCACGUACCUGCAGUGACAGAGUCCCGCUUCGAUCACGACUCCGAGGAGAGCGGUGAGGACAUGGAGGAAGACGAAGACGGGGAGGACACGGCAGGAGAGGGCGACCCCACGCCUCAGUCUCAAACUCAUUCUCGCUCCCCCACCCCCGAAGAGAACUACAUCCCAGACUCGCCCCCGAUUUCACCUGUGGAGCUGAAGAAGGAGCUGCCCAAAUAUCUGCCUGCUUUACAGGGUUGUCGCAGUGUUGAGGAAUUCCAGUGCUUGAACCGAAUAGAAGAGGGGACCUACGGCGUGGUGUACCGAGCCAAGGACAAAAAGACCGAUGAAAUCGUGGCCCUGAAAAGGCUGAAGAUGGAGAAGGAGAAGGAGGGCUUCCCCAUCACCUCUUUGAGAGAAAUCAAUACAAUCCUGAAAGCUCAACACCCAAACAUCGUCACAGUGAGGGAAAUAGUUGUUGGAAGUAAUAUGGACAAGAUCUACAUUGUGAUGAACUACGUAGAACAUGACCUGAAGAGUCUGAUGGAAACCAUGAAGCAGCCCUUCCUGCCAGGUGAAGUGAAGACUCUGAUGAUCCAGCUGCUGCGAGGUGUCCGACAUCUCCACGACAACUGGAUCCUCCAUCGCGAUCUGAAGACGUCCAAUCUGCUGCUGAGCCACAAGGGGAUCCUCAAGGUAGGACCGGACUGUGGCCCCAUGAACAGAAGCUAGGUAG